CCUUAGCACUAUUUCAGGUACUGCAAUGUGGUUUUUCAGUGUCAUUGAGAUGUCGAAAUUCUUCCCUUAGCUUUGCAUUAUGAUGUUUCUCCCACGUCUACUUCUGGCAUGUCUAGUUUACUCUGUGAACUCAUUGCCAGUCAGCAGCAAUGAGCUUCGCGAUGCUUAUGAUUACAUAGUGGUUGGUGGGUGCGCUCACAAACAGUCCGAUGUUUCCGUUAAAUUUCUGACGAGAGGUGUAGAAACUGUUCUACUGCUAGAAGCCGGGCCACUCCAUCACUAUGAAAAGGAAAUUAUGAUUCCACGGUUCCAGAUCUUCACUGCAUUGGACUUGAAAUAUCAAUGGAACACAACCACAACGCCUCAAGAAGGACUUAUCUUGAAUCGUCCUGUGAUAAUGGAACAAGCCCGUCUGCUAGGUGGAGGUAGUUCCAUUAACGUUAUGAUAUGGGGCCGUGGAAGCAAGCCAGAGUAUGAUGCUUGGGCUAGCUUUGGCAAUCCCGGCUGGGAUUGGGAUGGCCUUCUUCCUUAUUUUAAAAAGUCAGAGACCACCACUCCACCUGGUCCAAAUGAGGCUCCCUUCGGCGUGCACUACAACCCUGAGUGUCAUGGCACCAAUGGACCUGUCCACGCUAGCUAUGAUGAGUAUCAUUAUCCCCAGAACAAAAACUUUUUGGAUGGGCUGAGGAAAUUAGGAAUUCAGCAAGCUUAUGAGCAGAUGUGCGAUUCAUUAGGUUCUACGCUAACUUUGCAUUCUCUAAAUCAUAAAAAUCAAUCUCGCUGCGAUGCUCGCAUCGCUUACUACGAUCCUAUUUUUGGUGAGGGCGGAACGCCACGUCCUAACUUCCAUGUUCUGAUUGAGAAUACUGUGACAAAGUUGCUGACUUCAACCGUCGACGGUGUCGUCAGAGUCACUGGUAUCGAGUACUCCCCAUCACACGCAGAUCAAACAAGGACAGCACUUCUCACGGACACUGGCGAAGUCAUUCUCUCAGGUGGAGCUCUUCAGACGCCGAAACUACUGCAACUGUCCGGUAUUGGCCAGAAAUCCGUGCUCGAACAAGUCGGAAUUGAAACUAUCGUUGACCUACCUGGAGUUGGAGCCAACCUCCACGACCACGCAGGCGCGCCAACGUUGGGAGGUGUUGCGCCUGGCGUACCUAGUAUUUAUGAUAUCACAUUGAACCCGAUCUUGGAUGCCGAGCAGGGCGACUUGUACUACCUUAACAGAACCGGAAGAUGGACGGAGGCGGGCGACUCAGUUGCUUUUAUUCCGUUUCUGAACUACACAUCUCGAAUCCAGGACGCUGCAAACAUUAUCGCUUCCAUGUCUCCAGAUUCAGCCGUUCAGUACUUGAGCGCAGAGACCCAUCCAGAUGUAGUUGCAGGAUACAGGCGUAUCGCACAAAAAAUUCACGACUUGACUGCAAGUCGAACAGGCGCUGGUGUAGAGUUAAUAUGGUUCCAAGGCGGAGCAGAGAUCAUCAGCACCUUGAUGAAUCCCAUGUCGCGUGGUACGGUUCGCUUGUCCUCCAAGAACCCAUGGGCACCGCCUCUUGUGGACCCGCGAUACUUAACUCAUCCCUCUGAUGUUCAGAUGAUAAUCGAAUGCAUUCGUCUCAUCAAGCGACUGAUCCAAACUGAUGACAUGAAGGCUAUUGGCCUGUAUGAGGUAGUGCCGAUUGUGGACGUUGGUGAUGCUUUAGAGAUUUAUGUGCGCACAUCGUUGCUUACUGCAUGGCACCCAGCGGGCACGUCAGCAAUGCUGCCACGAGAGCUCGGGGGUGUUGUAGAUCCAGGACUCAAAGUGUACGGAGUGUCGAACUUGCGCGUAGUUGAUGCGAGCGUGAUACCCAUGUUACCUUCGGCUCACACCAUGGCCACGGUCUAUGCGAUUGCUGAGAAGGCUGCCGACAUAAUUAAAGGAGUGUGAUCACAUAUUGAUAAACUUGCCGUCAAUCAAGGCAGGCGAAAGAGUGAAUGGUGGACUUUUAGAAUUUAGAUAGCUUUUGCGGAUAUUGGGCUAGAUCUGGUUUCGCAGGGAUGUAGGCAACUGCUGGGUAUUUUCAUCUUGCAACACUGGAUAGUCAU